CUCGUUUUUGUUCACAAUAUGUCACCAUCGCCGCGUACUCCCUCAAGUACAUGACGCAAGGCCCCACUACUUAUUUGUAAUUUAUCGUCAGCGGUAAUGGAACCAUGCCGCAUGGUUUCAUUUAGGCAGGUGAGAGAGAAGACCGCUGCCUCGUGCCUACCCUUGUCGAGCGUAUAAAGCCUUGCCUAUCUGCAAACACACCUCAUCGAGUCAUUCUCUGCACACCACCGCCAUGAUCCACUUCGUACGAGUCUUGGUAUACUUCUUCCUGUUUGUUUUUUCAGUUGUCGUUAUGUCGCUGAGCGCAGUAAGGCUGCACUACACCUUACACUUGUCGCCACGUGAUCCUCUCAACGGAGGCGUCCGAUUUUACGACCACAUCGUGAUUGAACUGCUCUUCACAUCCAUCAUCACCAUGUUCUGGUCCAUGUUUAUUGCCCGAACCAUACACGGCAGACACGAACAUCGCAGGAUGAACAGCUUCACAGCAGAGCUCAUUGGGUUGUUCAUCCUUUUCCUCCUUUGGCUCAUCGGCGCUGCCGUUGCCACACACACCAGCAACCCACCUGACGUCGACGUCAGGUGGGGUAACCUUUCUUCCUGCUGGGCGUAUAGCGCGUGCAGGAUCCUCACUGCACUGCUUGCAUUCACUUGGCUAGGCUGGCUCCUCGUCUUGGCUCUCUUUGUGAUGUCAUUACUGUUCGCGAUUGCCAAUAAGGCAUUCCACGAUCCGAUGCAUGGGCGCUGGGACCGCCGUGCCACACACUACGGAGAUACAUCUAUUAAUAUGCGCAACAUCGUCAGGUAAAGGGGCGGUGUCAGAUGAACGGGGCGUAGACACUAGCACAUGGAGUUGAAUGACAUUGGAGUGGAGUGGAGUCUUUCUUUUAGGUGGGGAGAAGCGGGACUCGUCAGAAUGUGCUAUUUACACAACGAUAUUUACCUUACAUUACGAUACCACAUAUCCAUGGUAGCACUGAUGCAACGAAGAUUCUGCGAAUCAUCGCAGGUCACA